AUGGAUAUUGACAUGCGCAGACUUGGCUAUCUGAUGCUCUAUGACGACUCGGAGCAACUAGAAGUGCGACAUGUAAUCCCCCUUGCCCACCACGACGUUGAAAUAUAUGCUGGCGGACAACCUAUUCCUGAAGGCGAGCUUUGGAUAAAGCGAAACUGUAUUAAACUCAACCCACGACCCUCUUUGAUCAAAAAUGGCGAAGCCAAACCAUUCUUUUUCUUUUCCGACAACUGCUCAGAGAAGGAGGAUUUCUAUCACGCCAUACUGCAGAGUCAAGAGUGGAAAGCAGAAAUAGGGCCCAAUGCUCCGCUGCCACAGAAGUUCGAUACACCCGAUCUAGUCAAGCUUGUUCAGCAGCUUCAUGCGACCGAGGAGAAUCUACACACUCGUUGGAUAAAUGCAUUAAUAGGCAGGCUCUUCCUUGCCGUCUACAAGACCCAGGACGUGGACCGUAUGAUCUGGACCAAAAUCUCCAAGAAGAUCGCACGCGUACCCAAGCCCGCCCUGAUUUCUGGCAUCAACGUGCAGAGGAUUGAUAUGGGGCAUCUACCACCAUUCAUCACUAAUCCAAAACUUAGAGAGCUCACUGUCGAUGGUGACACAAUCAUCGAAGCAGAUAUAAGCUACAAAGGCAGUUUCCGUCUCGAUAUAUCAGCGCUUGCACGCAUUGAUCUUGGAACCCGGUUGAAGGCUCGCGAAGUAACAUUCGUGCUAGCUACGAUUCUUCGAAAACUCGAAGGACAUAUUCUGAUACGGAUAAAACCACCCCCUAGUAAUCGUUUGUGGGUGACGUUUGAAACGGCCCCGAAAAUGACAUUUUCCUUGGAACCAAUCGUGAGUUCACGACAGAUCACCUACGGAGUCAUACUCCGAGCUAUCGAAAGCCGCAUCCGUGAAGUAGUCAACGAAACACUUGUUUUUCCCAACUGGGACGAUAUCCCUUUCACUUCCACUGAAUCCCAGUCGUUUAGGGGUGGCGUAUGGGAGCAGUCCAAAACCGCCGACGCCAACUCAACUGUUGACAUAAAUCUUGACGCGAGUGGAGAGGCAACAGAAGUCGCGGAUCUUCACUCUGCCACCCAAGAUGCUGAGCGCAGCGAUGCAUCAUCGAUAGAUACGACGAAAAGUGCUCCUGUGCCUUCGGUCUCGGAUACAUUGCACUCUCGGAGAUCAAGAACAUCCACUUCCACUUCAACACAUGAAGAUAUUUCCACAUCCUCGUCCGUCGACCAACGACCACGCCCGAAGCCAAGGGCCAUGCGAUCGAGCUCAUUUGCUACAAUAGCAAGUCCAGUCAUCAGCGAAAACUCAGCUAUACCUCGAAACGAGGGACGUCCACCUCAAGACGACGCUGCGGAGUCCAUGAAGACAACAAUAUCCAAGUCACCCCCUCUAGACCAUGAUUCUAUGUCUUUCAGUCCCACCGAACAGACCGAGCCAACCUCUCACAGCUCUACUACCACCCCUUCUCCCGAACUCGUAGCAAUGAAUGCCAAAGUUCGUGGUAUGGAAACUUCAUCGGGCUUCGAUCCGACUGGCGAAGGGCUCAAAACGUCAGAGAUAGACCAAGUAUCCACACGAUCAGACACCUCGAUAACGUUUGAAGAUAUUAUUCCUUCAUCGCCAAGUGGAAGUCAAAAGGCCCCAAGCAGACAAUCUACAAUCAACCCCUCCCUAGUCUCGGCCACAGCCGCCGCCGCCAAGAAGUGGAUAUCGGCCAGGCAGGCAGGAAAUACACCUCGGUCCACCCCCGCAGAUACAAUCAACAAAUCACCAAAGCAGGCCGAUGAUUUGAUAACUACGUCAAAUCUAAACGACGAUUCCCAGACUCAGAGCACAAUCUCGCAAACGGAUCUCAAUACUUCCCCAUUGCCUCCUCUCGACUCUCCUCGUUCGGAGCCGUUUGGCAGGGGCAUGCCACUCCCUCCUCCGGGGACCCCGCUCCCACCACCACCGAAACCCGAGAGACGGACCUGGAACGUGCCAGUGGCAUCCGCCAUUGCGAACUUUGGUCGCCGCAAGCCAGUAGCCACGACUCCCACCAAGUCACCCUCUACAGCACCUGACAGCAUGUCCAUCGGUAACAACCAGUCUGAUCAUGGCUCCCUAUCUCCCAACCCUCUCGCAUCCAACGGUGGCGGCAGCCAGCAUGCCAAAACUGAUAAAUCGUCCAUUUCGAUACCGGGAGUAUCCGGUAGCAGUCCCCUCCCCUCUUCUCCCAGUCCCCCAAAACCAUCGCAUCAGCCGCAAAUCCUAUCCAGGAAGCCUUCCGAUUCACCCCCACCUCCACCGUUACCCGCAAGGCGUCGUCAACGCCUCUCCUCGGUGGCUACCAUAGAUUCCAAGUUUGGCUCGCCUGUUGAUACCGAGCUACUUGUUGUUGCGGCACCUAUCCACGAUAGCAGUGCGCCUCCUAGUCCGGCUGUGGGCGGUACUUUUACCGACGUGGAAAAUGUGGAUCGAAAAGGUGAAGAAGCCGGGCAACGGGAAGGAGAUGUCUCAACACCUUCGUCGGCGGAGCCGACACCAGGGUGA